GCUGCACACACUCGAGCCGCCACCAUAAUGCUGUCAACAGCCAGAUAGUGAGGAAAAAUUUGGAUGUUUUGAUCCCCGGCGACCACAGCAAUCAUUAUACGGAACUAUUCUCACGCCAUACAACACCGACUGCUGGCCAUGGCGACUAAUAUUUAUGGAUAAGUCCACUGCGGCUGCAUUAAAAACACUGUACAGCAAUCUGUGGGGAUACAAACCGAACACAGAGAGCCUAACCGUAUAGCGGAUAGUCAGCCCAACACGGCUGCAGGGAAGAAGGAAACAUCACGGGCAUGUUGGAACUUCAGUCAAGACACAACUGCAAGACACGAAGAUGAACAGGAAGAAAGAUAAAGGAUUUGAGAGCCCGCGCCCCUUUAAAUUGACCCACCAGGUGGUGUGCAUCAACAACAUCAACUUCCAGAGGAAGUCCGUCAUUGGCUAUGUCGAGCUGACCAUUUUCCCCACAGUGGUCAACCUGAACAGGAUCAAGCUUAACAGUAAACAGUGCCGCAUCUACAGGGUCCGCGUCAAUGAACUGGAAGCCCCAUUCAUUUACAAUGACCCGACACUGGAGGUGUGCCACCAUGAGUCCAAGCAGAGGAACCUCAACUAUUUCUCCAGUGCGUACACCGCAGCAGUGAGUGCUGUGGACCCUGACGCAGGACACGGGGAGCUGGUCAUCAAAGUUCCCCCUGAACUCUGGAAACAAGGAGAUGAUUUAAAAGUUUUGAAGGUGUACAUAGAGUUUUCCCUGGACCAGCCGAAGGGAGGUCUCCACUUUGUUGUUCCUGAUGUGGAAGGCAGCAUGGCGGAGCGAGGAGCUCAUGUGUUCUCCUUUGGAUACCAGAACUCAACCAGGUUCUGGUUCCCCUGCGUCGACUCCUACUCGGAGCUGUGCACCUGGAAGCUGGAGUUCACCGUGGAUGCUUCCAUGGUGGCUGUGUCCUGUGGCGAUCUGGUGGAGACUAUCUACACCCAUGACAUGAGAAAGAAGACUUACCACUAUGUCCUCCCCAUCCCCACCGCGGCCCCCAACAUCUCCCUGGCUGUGGGGCCCUUUGAAAUCCUUGUAGACCCCUACAUGCAUGAGGUGACCCAUUUCUGCCUGCCACAACUGCUGCCACUGCUCAAACACUCCAUGUCCUACCUACAUGAGAUUUUUGAGUUCUACGAGGAGAUUCUGACAUGCCGCUACCCUUAUUCCUGCUUCAAGACUGUGUUUGUGGACGAGGCCUAUGUACAGCUGUCUUCCUAUGCUUCCAUGAGUAUUUUCAGUACCAACCUGCUCCACAGCGCCACGAUCAUCGACCAGACGCCGCUGACACGCCGCUGCCUGGCCCAGGCCUUGGCUCAGCAGUUCUUUGGCUGUUUCAUCUCCAGGAUGUCAUGGGCUGAUGAGUGGGUGUUGAAGGGAAUCUCAGGCUACAUCUACGGCCUCUACCUAAAGAAGACCUUUGGAGUCAAUGAGUACCGGCACUGGAUCAAAGAGGAGUUGGACAAGAUUGUGGAAUACGAACUGAAGAUGGGAGGGGUUCUGUUGCACCCAACCUUCAUCGGAGGCAAAGAGAAGGACAAUCCAACUCCCCACCUUCACUUCUCCAUCAAGCACCCCCACACCUUGUCCUGGGAGUACUUCAAGAUGUUCCAGUGUAAGGCCCAUCUGGUGAUGAGGCUGAUAGAAAACAGGAUCAGCAUGGAGUUCAUGUUGCAGGUUUUCAACAAGCUUCUGAGCCUGGCUAGCACAGCCUCAUCCCAGAAGUACCAGAGUCACAUGUGGAGCCAGAUGCUUCUGUCUACUCACGCCUUUCUCAAAUCCAUCUCCAACGUCUCGGGCAAAGACAUAGGCCCCCUCAUCAAACAAUGGGUAGACCAAAGUUCUGUGGUGAAGUUCUUUGGCAGUUUUGCCUUUAACAGGAAGAGGAACGUUCUCGAGCUGGAGAUCCGUCAGGACUACACAUCAUCUGGAACUCAGAAAUAUGUGGGUCCAAUCAAAGUGACCGUGCAGGAGCUGGAUGGAUCCUUCAACCACACGCUGCAGAUCGAGGAGAACAGCCUCAAACAUGACAUCCCCUGUCAUUCCAAGAGCAGACGAAACAAGAAAAAGAAGAUCCCUCUGAUGAAUGGAGAAGAAGUUGACAUGGAUUUAUCAGCCAUGGAUGCUGACUCUCCUCUCCUCUGGAUCCGGAUUGACCCAGACAUGUCCAUUCUGAGGAAGGUGGAGUUUGAGCAGGCGGACUUCAUGUGGCAGUAUCAGCUGCGCUAUGAGAGGGAUGUCGUUGCACAGGAGGAGGCCAUCUCAGCAUUGGAGAAGUUCCCAACUCCUGCCUCCAGACUGGCUCUGACAGACAUCCUAGAGCAAGAACAGUGUUUCUACAAAGUCCGCAUGCAGGCCUGCUUCUGUUUGGCCAAGAUAGCCAACUCCAUGGUGAGCACGUGGCAGGGCCCGCCGGCUAUGAAGUCCCUGUUCACCCGAAUGUUCUGCUGUAAGAGCUGCCCCAACAUCGUCAAGACCAACAACUUCAUCAGCUUCCAGAGUUACUUCCUGCAGAAGACGAUGCCCGUUGCCAUGGCGCUACUUAGAGAUGUCCAGAACCUCUGUCCCAAAGAUGUCCUCAACUUCAUCCUUGACCUCAUCAAGUACAACGACAACAGAAAAAACAAAUUUUCUGAUAACUACUACCGUGCCGAUCUGAUUGAAGCACUGACCAACUCUCUGACCCCCGCCAUCAGCAUCAGCAACGAGGUGCGCACAGUGGACAACUUGAACGCUGACGUCCGUCUCAUCUUGGAGGAGAUCACACGCUUUCUCAACAUGGAGAAACUGCUGCCGAGCUUCAGAAACACCAUCACUGUCCGUUGUCUGAGUGCGAUCCGUCAGCUUCAGAGGAACGGCCAUAUUCCCAGUGACGCGUCACUCUUCAAGUCCUACGCCGAGUACGGACACUUUGUGGACGUGCGCGUCGCUGCACUGGAGGCUCUGGUGGACUAUACUAGAGUUGAAAGAAGCUCAGCGGAGCUGCAGUGGCUGCUCAACAUGGUCCAGAAUGAUCCAGCUCAUUAUGUCAGACAUAAGAUCCUGGGUAUGCUCAGUAAGAAUCCACCUUUCACCAAGACAACAGACUCAGCUCUGUGUAACGAAGCUCUGGUCGACCAGCUCUGGAAACUAAUGAACUCAGGUACCUCCCACGACUGGCGGCUGCGCUGUGAUGCCGUGAACCUCUACUACACUUUGUUCGGUUUGACUCGACCCUCCUGCCUUCCGCUGCCAGAACUGGGCCUCGUGCUCAACCUGAAGGAGAAAAAAGCUGUCCUGAACCCCACCAUCAAGCCUGAGCUGGAGGUCGGCCCCGUUGUGGACACCCCUGCCAGUAUCGGCAUCCAUGGCGUGGGCAUGUGCUACACGGCUGUGGAUGAGGAGCCAGAUCCUAUUUCAUUAGGGGUGUGUGGGGUGGGCCAGCCCCCUCAGGGCCUGAAGAGGAAGGCUGAGACCCCGCUGGGCUCCCCCCCAGAGCCAGGACAGGUGCUGCAGCAACAGGACGAUGAUGCAAGAGGAGGCCACUUCAAGAUCCGGUUCAACACAAUGGAAGAGGAAGACAUUGAUAUGGAGACGGUUCAUGAUAGUCAGGCUUUCAUUCACCAACAUCUCCAUCUGUUAGAGAGACCCUCUACACCAGGUAAAGAGCCGCCGUCAGUGGAACAGUCCAUGCUCUCCAUGCCGGCCACACCCGUGCCGGCCUUCUCCAAAGAGACGUCCUCUUUGUCCUCCAAACACGGCGGGGAACACGGCCACCACCACCACCACCACCACCACGAGCACAAGAAGAAGAAGAAGAAGCACAAGCACAAGCACAAGCACAAGCACAAACACGAAAGCAAGGACAAGGAGAAGGACCGAGAGAGGGACAACUCGCACGCCUACAGCAACAGCCCGGCCAGCGGCAGGUCCCUGCGCUCGCCCUCUCUGUCCGACUAAACAUCCAACCUCUAUUGGACACCAAACGACUGAUCCAUUCAUCCAGACAAUAAUCCACAGAUGAAUCGACUAUGAAAAGAAUCUGUAGUUGCAGCUCUACGUGUCAUACAGGAAGACUCGAGUGUUGAAGAAAGGGAUGCUGUUCCAAGUGUAAUCCUCAGAUAACCGGCAGCACAGAAUCCCUCAGCACGUCCAUGUUGGCUUGAGAGAGGAAGCAGAAGUUUGAAGUGAGGCUGCCGCGUCAUUAAGGUAAACCCUCCGGAGGCAUCACACCACUCACUUUGUGGACUUUUUGACACUGCUUCCAAUCUGUCUGAGGCAUGCAACCACGUGCACCUCUCUCCACAAACAGGCCAAUAAAACUCAUACCCCCCCCCACUACCAAAGACACCACUCUGGUGUGCCUCAUCCCCACAGCUCAAUGCCAACAUUCAGUGAGUGGCUUCGAAGGGGAAACAUGAUGAUGGCGGCGGUGGUGGUGGUGUGGAUUAAACCAUUCUGUCUGGACUGAGACUCUGCUGUUUUCACAUCCUGCAAAUUACAUUUCUCCAUUUGCAUCCAGAUGAAAAAAAGAGGAAUUUCCAGUUAGAUGUUUACUGUACAAUUGAAAACUCAAGUAAUACUAGUGUUUUUCUUUUUUAAAUAUAUAUUUUUUCUGUUUUUUUAAGUGUCACUGAUGAUGAAAGAUACUUUUGUAUUCAUGAAUGUUUUAACUAGAUUGAAUCCAGCUUCACAAAGGCAUUUAUGGCUGGUUUACUCUGGCACUGUUUCUUAGUUUUGAUUAGGUGGUUUUAAACAAUGAACAGAACAUGCAGAAUUCAAUAUUCUUCAUUUAGAGAACCUGAAGACUAUCAAAACUGUGAUUCCACAUGUUAAAAAAAAACGGUUUUCUCAUUUAAACAGCCUCCUAAAUGAAUCUUGCCUUGUCUAUUUACAAUAACAUUCAUGUAAAGAUUCUUGCCAUAGUCCCUGUCAGCAUUUAUUCCCAGUUAGUGCUUGUGAAUGCUCCUGGGAACCCUUUUAUCCAGUGUGUUAUGGAGUUCCCCCUGAUGCUUGUGAAUUCCCUUCUUGGGAUUAGAAACUGUUUAAAAUGGUGUUUAAAAUACAGUCCACCAGUUUACUUAAACACAAUAAUCUACUGAAAUCUGAGACAAUAUUAGAUUUACCAAAUGUACAGUAGAUUUAGGGUAGAUUUCACAAGCUUUAUGCAAAAUUAAGGAUGCUUAGUUUAGGAACCUGAGCCUAAUAAUUCCUACAUUGUAAUUUUGUUUAUCAUUUCUGGAUUUAAUUAUGUUUAAAAUAAACUGAAAAAAAUUCUC